AUGGCCUUGAACCACACUGCCCUGCCUCAGGAUGAGCGCCUGCCCCACUAUCUUCGAGACGAGGACCCCUUUGCUUCCAAACUUUCCUGGGAAGCGGAUUUAGUGGCUGGCUUUUACCUAACAAUAAUCGGGAUUCUCUCCACAUUUGGAAAUGGGUAUGUCCUUUAUAUGUCUUCUAGACGCAGAAAGCUGAGACCUGCGGAAAUAAUGACUAUUAAUUUAGCAGUCUGUGAUCUGGGGAUUUCAGUUGUAGGCAAGCCAUUCACCAUCAUCUCUUGCUUCUGCCACCGCUGGGUGUUUGGCUGGUUUGGCUGCCGCUGGUAUGGAUGGGCUGGAUUUUUCUUUGGCUGUGGAAGCCUGAUUACCAUGACUGCUGUCAGCCUGGACCGCUAUCUGAAGAUCUGUUAUCUGUCUUAUGGGGUCUGGCUGAAGAGAAAGCAUGCCUACAUCUGCCUGGCAGUCAUCUGGGCUUAUGCUUCCUUCUGGACCACCAUGCCCUUGGUGGGCCUGGGGGACUAUGCACCUGAGCCCUUCGGAACCUCGUGCACCUUGGACUGGUGGCUGGCCCAGGCUUCGGGUGGGGGUCAGGUAUUCAUCCUGAGCAUCCUCUUCUUCUGCCUCCUGCUGCCAACGGCUGUGAUUGUUUUCUCGUACUCGAAGAUCAUUGCCAAGGUGAAAUCUUCUUCUAAAGAGGUAGCACAUUUCGACAGUCGGAUUCAUAGCAGCCAUGUGCUCGAGGUGAAGCUGACCAAGGUGGCGAUGCUGAUUUGUGCUGGUUUCCUCAUUGCCUGGAUUCCUUACGCGGUAGUCUCCGUGUGGUCAGCUUUUGGAAGGCCAGACUCCAUCCCUAUACAGCUCUCCGUGGUGCCCACGCUCCUUGCAAAAUCUGCAGCGAUGUACAACCCAAUCAUCUACCAGGUCAUUGAUUACAGAUUUGCCUGUUGCCAGACUGGUGGUUUGAGAGCAACAAAGAAGAAGUCUUUGGAAGACUUUAGGCUGCACACUGUAACCGCAGUCAGGAAGUCUUCUGCUGUGGUGGAGAUCCAUCAAGAGAGCAGUUCCAGAUUUACUAGUGCCCAUGUUAUGGAUGGAGAGAGUCACCGUAAUGACGGUGACUGUGGCAAGAAAUAA